AUGGCCUGGCCCGAUCUGCGGCCACCGGGGACCAAAGGAAUCAAGCGAAACCUGCAGGGCGACGUGAUGUCCGUGCAUGGUAUCUUCAACUAUCAGAGCCCGUUUAUCUCGCGGACCCUCGUCCGCAACGGUAAGCUCUACACCAAUCGCGACCUGCGCGGCAGCGACGAUAAGAUCUAUGGGGCCGAUUGGACGGCCACCGAGGCCAUCGUGCGAAAUGCCCGGCUCGAGGAGCCCUUCACCCUCGAUGUCCAGGGUUUCUCCUUGCACAAAGAGUCGACGGCCAUGUCUUACGACGAGUUCUUCCAAGAGGAUGUCAUUCUCAAGAAGUACCACGGAGAGGUGGCGGAGGUUAUGAAGCGCCUAACAGGCGCCACUUACGUCGUUCCCUUUGACCACAAUUUGCGGUCGGUGGGCCUCCAGGGCUCCCAAAAGGAGAUCAAGGGUGGAGCAAAAUGCCAACAACCGGCAGGUAUGGUUCACAACGACUACACUCUGACCGGCGGCCCAUUGCGCUUCGACCAACUCGGGCAGCCCCCGAAGAAGAAUGAUUCGAUCCAGAAGACGGAGCCUGCCCUGAACGAGGCCAUCGUCAAAGCUGGCCGAACAGGCCGUUGGGCCAUCAUCAACCUUUGGCGGAACAUCCGCGACAAGCCGGUUCAGGUGUACCCCCUGGCCUGUUGCGAUGCGCGCUCGACCUCGCCGGAGGACUUGUGCGUGUUCGA